GUGUGUGACAGGCUAGCACAGCGGAAGUGGAACCACAUUACUACUCCAUGAGGGACUUCAGCCCCCAGCUCCCCCCCACACUGGAAGAGGUGUCCUAUCCCCAAGCCUUCACAGGUACUGAAGAUGAAGUGGCCUUCCCUGGACACCUGUAUGAUGAGGUGGAGAGAGCCUAUGGCCCGCCUGGGGUCUGGGGACCCCUCUAUGACGAAGUCCAAAUGGACCCCUAUGACCUUCGCUGGCCUGAGGUCAAGUAUGAAGAUCUGAGAGGACUCUAUGAGCAGGUGGCAGAAGACUUAGGUGCUGCGGAACCUAACUCUCUACCCUUUGAGCUGAGGGGACAUCUGGUCUGAGACUCUUCGUGAUACCCAUUUCCGACAGCCACGGGGAAGACAUGAAGGAAGGCGUGUGAGUGACAAGAAGAUUCAAGUUGACAUCUGGGAUAAGCAAGGCUCCUUUUAUAGGAAUGAAACUUCUCCGAAGGAACAGAGCCACUGGAAAUGACAUCUGAACAAUGAGAAUCUAUUUUAAGAAUCAUUAUACUUUUCAAAAGUAAAAAUUUUAGAAGUAGGAAAGACCUAUUAAAAUCCCAUUCAGAGCCUAGGGAUGUGCUCAGUGGGAGGGUGUGUGCUUUGGCGUGUGUGAGGUUCUGGGUUGCAGGCUGCAGCCAGCCUUGGCGUUACACACACAAGGCUGGGCAUGGCGGGCCACCCCUAUCAUUCUGGCUCCGCAGGAUGCUGGGGCAAGAGAAACACAAGGUCAAAGUCAGCCUGGGUCAUUGAAAGAAUAGGGGCUGGAGAGAUGGCCCGGGGAGUCAGAGCUCUAAUGGCAGCUAAUGCUCUGAGGACCUGAGCUUGGUUCCCAGCACCCACAUCAGGUGACUCACAAUCGUGUCCCUCCAGCUCUAGGGAAUCUGAUGUUUUCUUCUGACCUCCAUGGCACCUGCACUCAUGUGUACAUACCCAC